AUGCCACCAAAAUAUGUCAUUCAACAGCAAAAAUUGAAACAACAGGCAGUGUCUAAUCAAUCACCACAAGCAAAUUCUAAUGGUUUAUUUGUUCAACUGGGUGUGUUACCACAAACCAAUCCACAACCACAACCAACUUUAGUUGAUUUACCUCCUCUUGUUGUUCCCACCAACAGUAUCAUUACUCCGUCCACACCAAAUGAUCAAUCAUCUACACCACUGUCAGCUGUUUCAACAUCAUCCAUAAGUUUGCAAGCAUCAUCAACACCAACUAGUUCAUCACCUCCUGCAGCCAAACCAGCAACAAAGAACGAAACUAAAAAACCAAAAGAGAAAGACAAGAAAGAAAAGGACAAGAAGGAAAAAAAAGAAACGAAGGAUAAGAAAGAAAAGAAAGAAAAGAAGGAAAAGAAAGAAAAAAAGGAGAAGGAAGAGAAGGACAAGAAGAGAAAAAAGGUUCCAGAAAAGUCUUCUGAAAAAAGUAAAAAGAAGAAAUCCGAUGCUUCUACUCCAACAAUCAACACAACAUCAAUUACCAGUAGUAGUGCAACUCCAACAGUACCAUCUCCACAAAAGGUUGUAAAAGAUGUUGAAAUGACAGAUGUCUUAACAAAGGAAGAAGUGAUCAAAGCAGUGUUUGAAAAUAUUCCAAAACAAGUUAUUGUUAAAAUAUCAUGCUUGGAUUCUAAUGAGUUCCAAAUUGAUGAAGAUAUUGUAUUAAGUGAAGAGGGAAUUCCAAUUGUUAACGGUAUCAAAUUGUUUCAAUCAAUUGAUUGGAACAAUUCAUUAGAAGAUCAUGAAUCUUUCUUUAAUUUCAACUGCUCACUUGUUCUUUCAACUAUUGCCAGCGAAAGUUCAAUAACAGUUCAAGAGUUUAUUUAUUCUAUUGAUGAGGCACUCAAAUUGAAUCAACAGUAUUGUAAGGAUUUGAUGCGUUCUAUGAAUAUUUCACACGAAAACUAUUCCUUUGUGUACGAUUUGCAAACCAACUCAAUGAGCUUGAUUUUCAAGAGAGAAACAGAAAUAGUGGAACUUGCUGAAAUGCUCUACGAAAUCAAGACUAUUAGAGAACUGAAGGAGGCUGAAGAAAUGGAAGCCGAGGAGCAAAUUAUUACAGAGGGACCAAUAGAUGAAAUUCAAGUCAAUUUUGAGUUUAAUUUUGAAAAGGAGGAGAAAAAGUAUGUAUUGGAGCUUCGUGCACCAAAGGCAAAAUCGUACAAAACCAUUGUCUCAUCCCAUCUCCAAAUUGCUGAAAGUGAUAUUUUGAAUUAUGGUGAAAUAGCUAGCGAAACACUGGUUGAAGCUAAUGGUGUAUUACCAACAAAACUGAAGGACGUUCUAGCUAGCAGAGUUGAUGUAAAGGUAGUGCAUCGUCAUGUCUAUUAUGAGCAGAGAGUAAUUUCAUAUGAAAUAUUCGAAAGAAUGAAGGAUAUUAUUGGACAGACUGAGUUUUCAUUAUAUAAUCAUCUCUGCUUUCUAGUUUGUACGCCUGAUCAGAAUACCUUAUGGCAUCAGACAAUGGAAAGAUUGGAAAGAUCCAACAUUCUGCCACCAAAUACCAAACUUUCACAUGUCUCAAUCAAGUAUAGAAAAGAUCACGUCCAGAUGUUCGAAAAAUUCAGAGACAGAAUUGCAAAUGAAAAAGAAACUCUCUUCAUUAUAAUUGUAGACGAGUGUCACUAUGCAAUUACCAAAGAAGGUGCUCACGACAAGAUUGUUAAUGAUGAGCUCGCUCUUCAACACAAUAACUUUUUCAUUCUAUUGGUGAGCGCAACCCCUUACAAUGUCCUCUCAGUUGAUAGUAAUAUUCCAGAAGUGUACAAACUCUUGAACAAACAUGAAGAUUUGGAAGUUGGUACAAAAAUUCAAGUCACUUCCACGAAUUAUAACAAGAUAGGAUUUGGUGUAUUGAUCAAAUAUGAGGAGCAAUAUUCUACUCCUGUGUAUGAGCUAAUUGAAUCCAAGGAUCAAAAUAUAUUUUUGGAGGAUGUAGAAGAAAUAACUGGUAAGAUUAUACCACUCAUGAGUGAUGAAUCUGAAGAGAAAAACUUUGAAAUUGGAGAAGUUGUGGAAUAUGAAGAAGUUCCUGACACAAAUCCUCAACCAACUUCUAAGAAAUCAAUCUCAACAGUCAGGUACAUAGUCAAAUCCCUAACAAGAAACUUGGAAAUGGAAGUAAACCUCUCAGAUAGAGAUUUACGAAAGAUUAAUACUUCAAAAACUAGAAGAAUUACAAAUCAAGCAAUUGGCAAUAUUCCAAAGGGAAAACUUGUUGAAAUACAUGAUAUAAUCAAGUGGAGUGUAACUUUCAAACCAGUGAAUAAUGAUCCAGCAGUAUCCAAAGAAUACACCCUCAAUGAUUGGCAAUUCAAACACCUUACCAAUUACGAGGAGUACAAUGUUGUGAGUUGGAGUGAAGUACAAAAGCGUACAACCUUGGAAAGAACAGAGCAAGAUAAUCAAACGAAGAAAUACUUCAGCAAACAGGAUUACAUUAAUUCUCUCAAGCAAGAAGAACCACUUGUUUUCAAAGAUUUAGAAUUUGAAAGAGUUCUGAAAAAGAUCAAGGUUGCAUCCAAUACUUUAAGACCAAUCAUGUUAGCUAUUGACUAUCACUUUUGGAUUAUUACUGAAGGAUUGAGAAGAAAACUAUAUGAUGAAGUUACUGCUUACAGACAUUUUAAUUCCAUUGAUGCUGCUCUUGAUAUUGAACCAAAGCACAAAAUAUACGUAGAGAUUUGUAAAUUAAUUUAUCUAGCUUACUUGUGUGCUAAACAUUUGAAGAUGGAUGAUGUUUUGGAGAAUCAAGAAUUUGAUGACGAGGACGAUGACUAUGAUAUCCUUGAUGAAACUAAAAAGACCGUAAAGAAAAAGAAGGAAGAUUUGGAAAAGAAAAUUCAACAUUUACUGGAAUAUUUGAAAAAUAAGUUCAAGCCAAAGAAUCCUGAAAGAUUAUUUUCAGUUUUAAUCGAUCAAGAAUCCCACACCAAAACUCUCAUUAAUACCUUGAUAGAAUCUGGUAAAAUUCCAAAUGAUAACAGUGUGACGUUGAGAGGGAAAAUGAAAAUAUUGAGAAUUACAACUACAGAUUUUGCCAACACUGUUUUCAAGCUAUUGAGAAGUUCCAUUUCCAAAGUAGCAGCAAGUGGCUACAUUUCACCAGAUAUUCUCAUAGACACUGGUGAAAAUCCACUCACUCUCGAUCAAUUAUCUUUCAUCUCAAGAAUGAAACUUGCUGAAAAAGUUCUGUCCACAGAAGAUUAUGAAGUUUUCCAAAGAAAACCAAGUAGACUUUCUAAGGAGAAAAAAUCUUUGGAAUACAUUAAUUUACACAAUUUCCCUUGCAUUCUAAUCCUAGUUGCCAAAGGUCGUCAGGGAGAUACCUUCCCUAAUUCAUUUGAUUGCUUGGAUAUGAGAGCCAAAGGUGAUUCCUUGCCAAAUUACUCAUCUUUUACACAAGAAUUUGGUCGUUUGUGUAGAUAUGUGGACGAUUCUGACAAGAAACCUAUUGCACUUGUAACAGAUUCAAUUUAUAAGGAUUUAUCCAAGUGCGGUGAAGGUGGAGCUACAAUAAUUGGUAAAACAGACGCCUUUAUUCACUGUUUGGAAAGAGUAAUUCAUGACAUUGAGAAAAAUAGAAGUGAGCGUAUGGUUGAUAUUAAUGAAGAAGAACAACCAUACGAUGAUAAUUCUAUUGGUGUUGAUGCUGUUAUUUCUAACUAUUCUGAAUUGGAACGUGUAUUACCUUACUUUGAAAAUUUACAAGGUCAACAAAGGGGUGAAUACAGCUCAAUUUCUGCUGGAAAGUAUGCCAAGCUUGUUUUGAAAACCAGAGAGGAAAUAUUCACUGAAUUUACACCUGAUAAGAUCAGGUCUGUACACAAAUUAUCAAGAAUUGAAUCUUUCAUGACAAGUUCCAAUCAUUAUUGGAGCAAGUUUAUGGAAAAAUUGAGUAGCCACAACUUUGAUUUGGAAACAUUCCAGACAUUUGAUGGAAGAUACAAUGAUAUUUUACAUCCUUCAUCUGGAUAUAGAACGCUGAAGUUUGGAGAAUCAAGUUCUACAUCAUCCUCGAAAGAAAUUAUUGAGAAAGUUGACUUAUCCGAAAAGAUGAAUAUUGGUCUUGCAGAUAUGAAUUAUAAGGAUAAAUUAAUUACCAUCCAAUUGCAAAAGGUAUUUGGAUUGAAGAUGGCCAUGCUAGAGUCUUGCUUUCCAGGAGAAAAGCCAUUAAUUUCCAUUCCAUCAAGCAAAAUGAAUUGGUUUGUAAUUUCAUCAGAUCAACAACAUGUCACCAGAUUCCUACUGCCUGAUGAUCCUAAUGGUGUUAGAAGUUGGAUAUUUGUCCCUUCUUGGAAUAGAAGUGCCUCAGGUUUAUUCUAUCUGAAAAGUAUGAAGGUUCCAUAUAGACAAGUAAUUGUUGUAAGACAUUCCGAAUUCAAGUGCUAUAGAAAUGUUUUGGGAGGAGAUUUUGUGAUUAUGAGCUUACCAGAUAUUGUGAAUAUGAAAGAUCUUUUCAAACUAUUCCCAAUCCCAACAACUGAACAAAGAAAGUUACAGUACAAUGAAAUAGUGGAUGGAAAAACUCUUAUUGAUUAUGAAAUGAAGGACGAUGUUGGAGGAAUUGGCUACUCUAGAAUGGUCAUUCAAAUUCUUUCCUAUGCAUUUGGUUUGGAAUUUAUUUGGAUGAUGGAUGAUAAUUGCCAUCACUUUGAGAAGGUUGAAAAUGGUAGAAAGGUUCCUUGCUCAUUGGCAGAAGUUUUAAUUCCACUCGAGAAAAUUGUCUAUGAUGAAAACAAACCAAUUUCAACUAUUACUCAGUCAAUUCAACCAAUAUUUAAAAAUAGACAAAAUCCAUCUCUGAAUAUCACUCUUAAUGAUAGUAUAAGCAGUUUUACUCCUGGAAAGGAUAAAAUUGCCAUGAUUGGAGUUAGAAAGGAUGGAUACAGAUAUUCUUCAUCGAUCAACUACAAACCAUUUGUAAACAGUUUCACCAUUUGUUCUCUCUUCCUUUUGAAUACAAAAAGAACAAUUGAUUCUGGUUGUAUAUUCCCAUCAAGAAGAUAUUUAGAAGACAUUGAAUUUGAAUAUUUAUGUUUGGAAAGAGGCUUAUAUUGUGUGAAAUCACAAAACUAUUUCCUUCAUAAACCUGCGAAUCCGUUGAGAAUAGAUUAUGUUUUACCAGUUCCAACCAUGUAUGAAAUUGAAGAGGAAAUUUUUAAUACCAUUUCAAACUCAAUUUCCACCUCUCAAGCCAACGAACCUUCAAAUGAAUUCUUAGCAAUCAAAGAUUUGAUCAAGAAUUCAAAUCCUCAAGCAAUCAUAUUUGAUGAUUCUAGGAGUUUCAUCAUGCAAGCAUCUUCAAUCUUUUUGACAGCUCCCACUUUUGAAAUGUUCACCUUUUUUCAAACAAACGACAUUAGAGAAAAUCUCAGAUCCAUCUUGAGCUUCCUUCCUUUUGCCAAAUCGCAAACCUCUGUGUUUUAUUAUUCCCCAAGUUCUGAUGAAUCAUCAACCAAAGAAUUGAUACUAAAGUUUGUGAAAUAG